AUGACAUCUACAAAGACUGAGCCUAUAAUGAACUUAAACCAAGUUAUUGGGUCACCAGGAACAUUUGAAACAGGUAUGGAUAUUACAAUUUUUGAGUCAAAAUUAACAAAUUUUUUUUUGGCCAAUUCAAUCGAAAACAACAUUCAAAAAAGAGCAAUAUUACUGUCAUCGGUCAGUGAGGAAAUUCAUAAAGUGCUUUUUAGUUUAUGUGUUCCUAACACGCCUAACGAUGUUGAGUAUGAUACUCUUAUGAAAAGUUUAAGCAAGUAUUUCAAACCAAUUAAGUCCUACUUUGCGGCAAGGUAUAACUUUUAUCAGGCUAAACAAAGACAGGACGAAUCGGUGUGCCAAUGGGGUGCACGUGUUAAGAACCUUGCUUCAAAAUGUGGUUUUUCGUCGGAACUAAUAACGGUCAUCCGAGACAUAUUCGUUGUCGGUAUGAGUUCAGGACCAAUCCAAGAUCGUCUGUUAGAAGAAGAUGCUUCAAAAGUUGGAGUAACGUAUUCAAUUCUAAUGGAAAUUGCAACAGCCAAAGAAGCAGUAAUGAAUGACAAAAGUGGUUGGAAAAAAGAAGAAUGCGCAGAUUUGAAGUACCAGAAGAAAAAUAAUGGACACUUUCAAGCCAAGCAGGGUUUUAACGCAUCUAAGGAACAGAAAACCAAAUGCGGGAUUUGUGGCCGUUCCAACCAUCUUCAAAAAGAUUGCAGAUACAAGGACUACCAAUGCAACAAUUGCGGUGAAAAGGGUCAUUUGUCUACCGUAUGUAAAAAGGAAAGAAUGACAACAUAUUAUGCGGCUGAACGUCCUGUUCUGAAUAAUAUUACUGCAUUACUGCACACUUAGCGAGUGUCGGCGUAAG